GAGGCUCUCCGACCUCGCAAAGCCGAAACACCGUCCGUGGUGCAGCACAGGUCGCAAGAAAGCAGCGGCAGUACCACGGCUACCGUACCAAUCACCUGCCGUCGCAGAUUUUGCCGGCGCGCUCGCAGCAGCCGCGACUUUCGGCCGGCUUUACGCGUGGCACUCUCUACGCGCGCGCAUUAGCAGCAGCGAUGGCGCGACUCCUCGUAGCGCUCGCGCUAACAACGCUCAGCAAUGCCCAGAUAGGCAUGGAGGGCAUGGGCAUGGGUUCUGGCCGCCGCCAAAGAGACAAGGAGCCGCUCGCCUUCAAAGCUGAUUUGCCCUGCAUCAAGUGCGACGUCUGCGAGAUCGUGGCGAGCGAAGUCUACCGAGAGGUCGAGAAACAGCGAGAUGCCGCGCCGAUGACCGUCAAAAAUACGAAGCCGGGUGCCCCCAAAGUCCAGGUCUCGUCGUUCUCGGAGGCGGACGUUUCUGCUGUUCUAGAAGGCGUUUGUAAUAGGCGGAAGGAGCCCGGCGAGUGGCUCUGGUACGUCGAUUUAGUUGAGACAGCGAAGAGCGUCUUCGGGACGGGCGCGCCGUGGCGCGGUCUAACUAAAAAAGAAAAAGCUUCGGGCAAGAACUACCUCCAGGUGUAUCGAACGCAAAGAGGUGGUGAUAUCCGGAAGUGGGACCGCGAAUCGGCAACUGUCAAGAGAUCUUGUGAUUUACUGUUGGACGACGACGUCGGCGAUUUGGAAGACAUUGUGGUACCGCUCUGGCGUGGUUUAAAAGAUGAAAAAGAAUUCAAAAAGCUGCUGUGCCGAGAAACGACGUCGCGGUGCGGCAAGGAACGAAAAGCGGUCAAAGAAAGGGAAGACCUCGAAUUCAACAGGCAGGAGAAGACUCUGUUGGAUACGGAGCGCAUGAUGGAGAACAUGAAGGACCAGGGCAUGCCCAUGGUCAUGCAGUCGCGCGAGGACAUGAUGGAGGAGCUCUACGAGCAGAUGGAGGCCGAAGGUCUAUCGAGGGAGGAGGCCGACGCCUUCAUGGAGUCGGUCCAGGGCGGGUCUGCUGCCGAGGAGGAGAGCGUUGAUGAGGCGUUUUCUGCCGGCACGCAGGAGCCGGACUACGACGAGGACGAGGGCGAGGGGGAGCUCUAAGUAUUUAACACACAUGACAGAUGCCAGCGUGUG